AUGCUAGCUAAAGUACAGGCUAUUAUCUCACCGCUUCUUCCAGAGUUGCACAAAGGCCAGGCCGGGCGUGUUGGUAUCUUGGGCGGAUGUCGUGAGUAUACAGGUGCACCAUACUAUGCAUCUAUGUCGUGUAUGCGAGUGGGCUGCGACAUGUCGUUUACUGUUUGCUCGCCGGAGGCUGCUCCGGUCAUCAAGUCUUAUUCGCCGGAUCUGAUCGUACAUCCGGCGCUUGAUGCAUCGAAAAACCUGAAUGACGUGCGUGAGGAGCUUCGUACAUUGUUCAAGCGUCUGCACAGCGUCGUCAUCGGCCCGGGUCUGGGUCGCGAUGACUCUAUGCAAGCGUUCGCUCGUGUAGCUAUUGAAGUGGCUCGCGAGGCGGACUUGUACGCAGUUAUUGAUGCAGAUGGUCUAUGGCUUGUUCAAAAUGCACCGAACACGGUCCAAGGCUACAAGCGUGCAGUGUUGACACCCAAUGUGGUCGAGUUUGGGCGCCUUUGUCGAGCAAUGGUGCGUGUGUGUCUAGGCCGGGAACAGGUAAAACCAGCGAAGGUUCACCUGCACCUAGUCUCCCAGCAUGGAAUUGAGCUAAUAACAGAACAUUGA